UAAAUAAAUUGAGAGAAGGUACAAGUCCGACACAGCGCGAAAACUGAGAUUUGCGAGUCUGCAGAGAAGGAGAAGAAGAAGAAGAGACUCAACUAGAAAUUAAUUCACAUUGAGAUUUCACUGAAUCUUUGGCCCUUUCAGAAACCCUAACCCUAAUUUCCCUCUUCAACAGCGAGCUUUGGUUCUCAGCGAAAUGGUACCAAAUGAAGGAGAUAUUGCAACAGAAAAACGAAAGGCUGAAGAGCAGUUUGUCUCAGAAGAAAAAAGGAAAAAGAAGAAGAAGAAGAAGCAAGUUGCUACUCCUCGUCCUGCAUGCUCAUGGGUGUACUUCAGCCGGGAGUUUAUCAAAGAGUACAUUGCUUCCCAUCCUGAGUCAUCUGGCCUAAAAGCUGCCACAAAGGCUGCAUCGGAUGCUUGGAAGUCUAUGAGCCUUGAGGAGAAAGCAAAAUACACUAAUCGUGCUCGUGAGGUGUGGGAUAACUACUUGAGUACGGCUCCUGCCCGUACCCCUAAGCCAAGGAAACAGACUAAACUGGUUACAAGAUGCUCUCCUGGACGCUUAUUCAAUGUGUUACAGCGCCUCACACCUGAACAGAAGGCUGCUGUGAAGAGCAUGGGAUUUGGCAGCCUCCUUGGCCUUAGAUGUAGGACACUCCGCCGCAGUUUGUGCCUUUGGCUAUUGGAGAGGUUCAACACUACAAGAUGCAGCUUGGAGAUUUGUGGUGAGAGGAUUCCUUUAUCCCCAAAAGAUGUGGAGCUUGUGAUGGGGUUAGCGGCUAGUGGAAAGGAUGUAGUGAACUCAGGGCCGGAUGAUUUGAUUGCAGUCUUACGUCAUAGUUACAAUGCUUCAAAUCGUGGGAUCUCAGUGCGACUUCUAGAGGAGCGGUUGGCAGCUCCUGAAGCAGGAGAGGAUUUUAAGAGAUCAUUUGUCCUCUAUGCAUUGGGCACCCUUUUGUCUCCAACAGCAAGGCUGGAUGUUAGCCCAUCGUUCCUCCACUUUUUGACGAAUAUGGAUGUUGUCCAUCAGUACAACUGGGGGAAAUUUUUACUUGAUCGGCUAGUUCGAGAAGUAUCUCGCUUUCGUCAAGGGAAGCAACGGGCAGUUGGUGGUUGCCUUUUGUUUCUCCAGCUCUUUUACUAUGAGAGUAUCUCUGUUGAUGGACUUGGUCCUUUGGCCACUGCAGUUGUUCCAUGCUUGUCUUCAUGGGGUGAGGAUGAGAUUACUGAGAGAGAGAAACGAGAAAGAAAGCUUGGUGGUUAUGGUUUAGGAGAGGUGAUUUUUAAGGAGAGAUGCCUUGGUAUGGAGUACCCAGAGUGUAGAGAUCAAUUGGAUGGCCCACCAGUAGACAGCAUAAGCACGGGGGUUGAGCGUGGUCCUCUUUUUGAGCAGGAGGGGGGGACCCAGGCUGACGAAGAACAAAUAAAUGGGGAAAUCACCAUGGAUGAGGGAGAUAUGCCAGUUCUUGUCAGGAAUAAAAAUGUAGUCUGUGGGGAUAUUGCGGUGGUGGUUGAUUCAGUUAGAGUGCCGUGCCGGAAUAAAGAGUACGGGUGCAAUGAAACAGUGGAUUACAUGAAUAAUGACCAUGAAGAAACAUGCACCUAUGCACCAUGUUCAUGUCCACUUCUAGACUGCAACUUUGUGGGCUCAUCUGAUCAAUUGUCACUACACUUUAGUAGUAAACAUUGGGAUUCUGGAAGGCGCUUCAGGUACAAUAGUCCAUUGGCUGUCUCCGUAGGAAUGAAUGAGCAAUUCCUUGUUCUUCAAGCAGAGGAUGACGGUGUUCUUUUUCUCCUUAACAAGGGUGUUGAAAGGAUAGGGAACACGGUCAUGAUAACUUGUAUUGGGCCAAGCUCAUCAAAGGAAAGGUUCUUGUAUGAUCUUGAAUCAGUGAGAGGAAGCAGCUCUUUGAGAUUAAAAUCAGCAACACACAAUUUUCCUGGAUGGCUCGAGGAUUUUCACCCAACAGAUUUUCUUCUGAUUCCAUUUUGUUUUCUUGGUAGUUCUGGGCAUAUCAAUUUGGACGUUUGUAUAUGGAAUUCUGCAGAACUUUGUGCAGAUUGUCCUUAAUAAGUCAUUUGCAAAUGUAGUAGUAGUGUACAGCUUAAUGACUACUGGUCAGUCUAGUACCCCUGACACCCCCCCUCUCUCUCUCUCUCUCACAGGUUUAUAUCUGAGGUCUUGGGAAAUAUACUUUGUAAAUUA